AGCCAUUCUGGCUCAAGCCAUUCGGCUAGCUGGCGGCGGCGCGAUUGCCCUCUGCAUUCGUACUUCUCGGUAUCAUGGAACUCACUGGCGUUCUUGACUCCAUUGCCGCUUCAUCGCUGUGCGCCAGCGACCGCCGCUUUGCCAUUCGAGCGGCCAUCAUCGAAUUCAGUGCCAAUACCGACCGCCGUGCAGAAGAGGACCCAGUUGUCAUUCAAGAGGCUAUUCUGAAAUCUCUUGAGUGCUCUCGGAUUCAAGAUGCGAAAGUUCGCCUUCGUAAUGGAGGUCACCACGCUCUCUCGAACCGGCUCGGGCUCUUGAGUCGCAAGAGGAACGCGGCCGCCCACCCUAAAUUGUCCUCCCUCUUGUCUGAGAUCAUUGCCAUCACACCUACGCCCCCAAAGCAGGAGACUGACGAUGUCUGUGGCGAAGAAAUGGCUGCUGAACCGAUUGAUUCGUCUGAGGGGGAGAUUACCGACACCGCCACAUGUACGCAGCUGACCAGUGCCGAGGAAGAGUUAUCUGGCCCCACACCUAAUCUUGUUAUUGAUGUGGUGGCGAGCACGGAGUGUUCCCUUUCUCAGACUCACAUGACCGACUCCCGUCUUGCCGAGGACUACCUGUCCCAGCACCCCGCAGCGGUUCUCCAGGGCUCGGCGGUGGAUGUUGUCCGCUCGAUGCCGGAGGAUGGCCCUGGCUCCUCGACCAUGCUGGCAACGGACGUAGAGAAGCUCUUCCUGGAUGCGUUCGCGGUUUUGAGUCCUGGUCGCAAGGCCCUGUGUGCCCACUGGUUGCUCCCCCUUGCCAUCUACCUCAAGCCCAGCCUUAGCGAUGACCCCAGCGGCAUGAUCCAAUACAUCAUUUCCGACAAGCCUAUGGGUGCGAUUGAGGAGCUCAAAAGUAGGCUUGGAGUGUCGUCAACACGAGUUGCCUCUCAGGGUGCACAUGUUCAUGAGUGCUCUAGUGCAGAUUUGACUGGUGGCAUGCAGCCCGCAGAGGACAAAGUGCUCCUGUGCGAGGAAUAUUUUCAUUUCAACUGUCCAGCGCUGCAUGGGCUUCGCGAGCGCACCUCUCUCUUAUCGGGAAGAUACUGCUGCGACUACUGUUGAGAGUUUCUUGAUAUGCACAUCAUGCGACGUCGGCGCGCGUUCGGAAUGCCAAAACAAUGCUGCUGCUAUGAAAGCCGCCAUGGACAUGAGUUGACACACUUCUUUCUUACCGUGUCUCGAUUGGUCCCACUUGAGCUCUCUCUAAGACUCCGUGCUUGUGGGAAUCAUGGGCGCCGAGUUUCCUCCGACUCUAACUGUGCUCUCCCGUUUUGGUCAUGAUGUGUGUUUGUGAGUCAUUUUGGCUCCGUCAACUGCCAGGGUGCUCCCUGCCCCGCACUGCGUCGUUUAUGCUAAAGUCGCACCGCAUUGCAGGCCAGUUUGCCUCCUUGACGCUGACGAUCUCGUCUCGAUCAGGCAGGCAUGCUCAGGAUUGUUCAAGAAGGCAGCGAUCUUCUACACCAAGUUCCGUAUCUCUGAUGCCUGCGAUGGGUGCCACAUCGCCCAUCAGUCCGUGAGGUUGAAGUGGUUCUCCGCCGAUUACGAAUCUCAGUUCUCGGACACACGCGUCAAAGUGGGUGGCGCACUCAUUCCUUGGAGUCAAAUGGUUCCUCACUAAAGACAUCUCGUGUCUGCAUCGCAGUUGGAUCACCUCUCCAUUACAAGUUUUCUAUUUCAUGUUGCUAAUUGGUGUUCUCUCUCGCAUGUGUUCUUCCUCUUGACCUGAGCGCGGUUGGUGUAUCUUGUCACGUUUGGUGACCGUUGAAAGACAUACUGAUCUCAGCUUGGCCCCCCCUGGGGGAAAACAAAUAGACCCCAAUGGCUGCGGUCGCAUGCGGCCCCGCCCCGUUUCGCUGUGCCCAGCGCGCGCUUCGAGGUCCCAUAGGGAGCUCCACCGACGGCCCCAGUGGUUGCGGUCGCGUGCGGCCCCGCCGCAUUUCGGCGC